AAUGGGUUGUUGCGCUUGUAAAUUGUAUAAUGAUGACAAAGGUAAAAUAGUAAACAUAAAAUAAGCUAUAAUGAAUCCAUAAAAUGAGAUUGACGAAGUUUAAGAAGGACUAGAAUUUGAGAAUUAAUAGCUUAAUGCUAAUUCUAAAAUAAUAAUUCAUGACAAAGAAACUAGCUUUAUUAAAUCUCAUUCAUUAUCAAAAGAAUAAGGAUAUUCAAAGGAUUUGGAAUAAUAGUAAGUUUAAACUAAACACAAGGAAGGAGAUACAGUAGAAUUUGUAAAGAAAACUAUUAGUGGAACUAUGAAAUUGACUCCUGAGAUGUUGGUGAGAAAAUAAUGUAUAACAGAAAAGUUUUUAGCUCAUUACGAAAUAGUAAAGAAAAUAGGGUAAGGAGGAUUUGGAGAAGUAUAUUUAGUUAAACAUUUGUCUACAGAACAUUUGAGAGCUGCAAAGGUAGUUCUAAGGAAAACAAUAAAUUGUGAGGAGAAAUUAUUAGAAGAGACAGAGAUUUUGAAGACUUUGGAUCAUCCAAAUAUAGUGAAGGUUUUGGAAAUAUUUGCAGAUUUUAAAUAUUAUUAUAUAGUAACUGAAUAUUGUUAAGGAGGGGAAUUAUUAGAGAGAAUAAAAACUAUAACAAAUUAUAAUGAGAAUUUGGCAGCAAAAUAUAUGAGAUAAGUAUUUUCAGCUAUUUAGUAUUGUCAUUAGAAAAAUAUUGUUCAUAGAGAUUUAAAAGUACUUAAAAUUAAAGUAUUUAGCCUGAAAACAUAUUAUUUGAUUCAAGAGAUCCAGAUGCAAAUUUAAAGGUGAUUGAUUUUGGAGCAAGUGAAAAGAUGAUUGAUUCAUCUUUCUUAACUAAAAAGAUUGGAACACCUUAUUAUGUUGCUCCUGAAGUAUUGUCAGAUUAAGGUUAUGAUGAAAAAGUAGAUAUAUGGUCUUGUGGAGUUAUUUUAUAUAUUUUAUUAAUUGGAAGACCUCCUUUUAAGGGAUCUAGUGAUAUAGAGACUUUGAGAUUAGCAAGAUAAGGAAAAUUGAAUACUAAUAGUGAGAGAUGGUUGAGAACAAAUGAAUAAGCUAAAGAUUUGAUUAUGAAAAUGAUUGUAGUUGAUCCUAAGAAUAGAAUAAGUAUGUAAGAAGCUUUUAAUCAUCCUUGGAUUUAGAAUAUCUAAUAGAAUGAGAUUGAAGAUAUUAAUUUAAUUAAGAAUUUAAGUCAAUUUACAGCAUAAAGUAAAUUGAGAGCUGCAAUAAUUUAGUUUAUAUCUGUUCAAUUAGUAAAUAAAGAAGAGAGUUCAAAAUUAUUUUAAACAUUUAAAACAUUAGAUUAAAAUGGAGAUGGAGUUUUAACUAAAGAUGAAUUGAUGAAGGGUAUGUUAAGUGCAGAUAUAGAUCAUUUAAAAGCAGAAAUUAUGGCAAAUGGUUUAAUUUAAGAAUUGGAUGUUAAUGAAUCUGGAAAAGUGGAUUUUACUGAAUUUAUUUCUGCUGCAUUAGUUUAAUAAUAAAAAAUUACAAUUAAUAAUAUAAAAUUAGCAUUUAAGAUGUUUGAUAUGGAUGGUAAUGGAGUGAUAAGCAAAUCUGAAUUAGAAAAUAUUUUUGGUGGAAUAGAAAUAGAUAAUUAAGCAUGGGAUGAUAUUUUAUAAAAAUGUGAUUUCAAUAAAGAUGGAGUUAUAGAAGAAGAGGAAUUUAUUAAAUUGUUAGAGAAUAUUUAAAUAUGA